AUCAAUGCUUCGCAGCGAGUUCGAGUUGGAUUCUCUUGUCGACAAAUCCCUACUUUUCACUCGUCGACCUCUACAAAACCCUAACCCUAAUUCUCGGUUCCAAGGUCGUCAAUGGCAGUGGAUCCUUCGCCAUUGCGAUGACUCCGCGAGCUCUGAACACCCGCCACGCCAUUGAUUCGUGCACGCUCCAGCUCCACGCUUGGAAACCCUUUCAGCUCACUUCGCAAACCCUAGCCCACGACUCCCCUCGGCCCCCAUUUACGCCAAAGAAGCCUUGCCUCUCCGAUCGCUCCACCCAUCCUUCCCCCUGCCCUCCAGACCUCGACUUCUCCCGCCUUGUACUCCUUGAUGAUCCUCCUCCUCCUCCUCCGCCUCCCAGCCACCUCCGCUGGGCGCCGAGGAAGCGGCGACGGCGGUGGUCGAGAUCAGUCUCUGGGCGCAGCAGCGAUAGAAGCGGAACCCGUAGGGCUUCGGCAGCGUACGCGACGUGCUCCGAUUUUCCCUUGGCGGCUGGGGGAACGGAUUCCAGUGGCGAGUUGUUCAAUGGUGAGGGGAGUUGUUGGGGAUCGGAUGCGAGCGAGGUGAGGGUCACGAGGAAGGAGGGGAAGGAGAAUGGAGGGAGUUUGGAGAGGGAGAGCUCUGGAUCGGUGAUGUAUCAGGGUGGUGGUGGGGUUUCUGGUGCCACGGAGACGCAGGGGAAUGAAUCUGGGUAUGGGAGUGAGCCUGGGUAUAGAGGAGAUGGCGAGCUUGGGUAUGAUGAUGAGAUCGAUGAGGAAGAAGAUGAUGGCAGGAUGUUGUUCUGGGGUGAGCGAUUGGGAGAUUCAGAUCAAAUGGACAUUGUUGGUGAGAACACAUUUGGUGAGCAAAAAUCUCAUCACAGAUGCAGGCGGAAGAAGCAGCAAGACUGGAGAAUAAUCGGCCCACUGCGAUGACAACCAUCACACAUGUAUAUUCUUGUUUACUGCAUAUCGAUAUAUAAAAGAAUCGGUUUUGUUUGCAAGUGUUUCUGAGUUGUAUAUUCUUUGCAGUAUUCCAUCUUAUUUGUUGUAUAAUUUGGAGUGUGUUGUGUGUAAUUGGCAUGUUGCAACUCUCACCCUGUUUCAACUGGUGUCUACUUGCGUUAUCAUGAAAGUUUGUGCAUUUACAUUUGUUUAUUGUCAUGAAAGCAUUCAAAUAAACCAAUGUUGAAGUUGUUACUAGCUUUU